GAGUUUAGGGUUUGAUUCAGUUACUUCAGAAGUGAAUUUUUGGAUAAAACAGCACCGACUCCAUGAAACGUGGCUGUAAAAAUGAAGUUCUGCAAGUAGUAAAUCGUGGACAGUGGAGAACAAUCCACAUACCAGGUAUAUAUGGCUGUCGUGGCCUUACCAGAACUGUAUAUUGCCACGAAGUAUUACCUGGGAAGUUAUAAAGCCUCCUCCACAGAACUUGCCGGAGAUUAUGCGAAUUUGCCCGAAUUUGGUACUGGUUGAUGUUUGAUUAGCUUGUUUAAACAAUAGAAACAUAAAGAAGAUGGCAUCUCAACAGGAGCUGGACGAAAAGGCCAGGGCUGGAGAGACUGUGGUGCCUGGAGGCACAGGAGGCAAAAGCUUGGAAUCUCAGGAGCGUCUUGCUGAAGGUCGUCACAAGGGCGGAGAGGCUCGCAAGGAGCAGCUAGGGCAUGAAGGGUACCAAGAGCUCGGUCAUAUGGGUGGAGAGACCCGCAAAGAGCAGCUGGGUCAUGAGGGCUAUCAAGAAUUGGGGAAGAAGGGCGGCGAGGCUCGCAAGGAGCAGCUUGGGCAUGAAGGGUACCAGGAGCUCGGUCACAUGGGCGGAGAGACCCGCAAAGAGCAGCUGGGCCAUGAGGGGUAUCAAGAAUUGGGGAAGAAGGGAGGAGAGACACGUAAGCAGCAGCUGGGGCAUGAAGGAUACAAGGAGAUGGGCCGCAAGGGUGGUUUAAGUGGCAGAAAUGAUUAGCCUGCCUGCACUCUUGUAUCUGUUUUGUGUGUAAAUACUCGGUAGUUUAUGUGGUUAAAGAAUUUGCUGUAAAUUAGGUUUUAAUGUGAUAGCAGGGUCCUGGACAACUGUAAAUAAGUAUGUUUUUCUGUUUUGUGUGUAAAUACUCGGUAGUUUAUGUGGUUAAAGAAUUUGCUGUAAAUUAGGUUUUAAUGUGAUAGCAGGGUCCUGGACAACUGUAAAUAAGUAUGUUUUUUUGCAAUAAUUGUGGAAUAAAUCUCUGUUUUGUGUGUAAA